AUGAAGAUGGGAGGAACCUGGCUGGGUCUGCCAGUUGGACAGCACGUGCUGGGUCUGGGACACAGGCACUUUUCAAACAAAUGGAGAAACAUGAUGGAUUUCAGAAAAUUCAGGCUGUUUGUUUGCCUUGUAGGGCUCAGCUGUGCUAGCUUCUGCGUUUUUUACAAUUUGUCUGAAUUCCGUAUAUUCUGUGAAAACAGUCAAGAUUACAUAUUCCCCAUAGAGACUUUUAGGAGAAUCGAAGGAAACUUCUCUCAGCUCCCGGAUAUAGACUGCCAUAAGAACCCACCUUUCCUCAUCUUGCUUGUGACAUCCUCGUACCACCACGUCGACGCCAGGAUGGCCAUCCGGCAAACCUGGGGGAAGGAGAGAACAGUCGCUGGUAAGCGCCUGGUGACAUAUUUCCUCCUGGGAAGCACUGUGAAUCCCAGCCAGCAGGCUGAUAUCGCUGCUGAAAGCCAAAAGUACAAAGACAUUAUUCAAAAGAAUUUUACAGACACGUAUUACAAUUUGACUUUGAAGACCAUGAUGGGAAUUGAAUGGAUUCACAAAUUUUGUUACCAGUCCAGCUUUGUGAUGAAAACCGACACAGAUGUGUUUGUCAAUGUUUUUUAUCUCACUGAGCUUCUUCUAAGGAAAAAGAGGACCACUAGAUUCUUCACAGGCUUUUUAAAACUGCACGAGUACCCUAUACGAAGAAGAGGGAGUAAGUGGUAUGUGAGUAGAGAAGAGUAUCCGGGAAAGAUCUACCCGCCGUUUUGUUCCGGAACUGGCUAUAUUUUAUCCACCGAUGUUGCUAGUCAGAUCUAUAAAGUUUCAGAGAGUGUUUCGUUCAUUAAACUGGAGGAUGUAUUCAUAGGACUGUGCCUUGCCAAAUUAAAAAUUCGGCUGGAGGAGCUUCAUUCAGAGCAGACGUUUUUUCCAGAAAGGAUUAGGUUCUCUGUUUCUCGCUUUAAGAAAAUCGUGAUGUGCCAUGAAGUAGAACCAUCUGAGCAACUGAGCUACUGGAAUCACUUAGUGACAGAAAAUCAUGGAGGAGUUCUCUAG